AUGGCCAAGCAUUUAGCUCUCGCAUUUUGUCUUUGCUUGCUCGUUCUCUUCCACGGCUGCUUAGCCAGUCGUCAACAAUGUCAGUCCCGCCAGAAAAAUAAUGAGUGCAUGCUGAACCAGAUCCAAGCCCGCGAGCCUGACAAUCGUAUUGAGACUGAAGCGGGUCGGAUCGAGUCAUGGGAUCACAACAUGGACGACUUCCAGUGCGCCGGUGUCGCUGUUCAAAGAAUCACCAUUGAGCGUAAUGGCCUUCACUUGCCUUCUUACACCAACACUCCUAGGCUUGUUUACGUGGUACAAGGUAGGGGUCAUCUAGGGAUGGUAUUCCCUGGCUGUCCAGAGACAUUUGAGGAGUCUGAGCAAUCUUAUGAAGAACAACAGCAACAACGAUUCCAAGGCCAACAAGGCCGCCGUUACCAGGGACGCCGACAAGGACAAUUCGGAGAACAAGGCCAACAACCAUUUGAACAGCUAGACCGACACCAGAGGGUGCGACGCAUCAAGGAGGGUGAUGUUAUCGCAAUCCCCGCCGGAGUCACAACAUGGUCUCACAAUGAUGGUGAUCAAUCUCUUGUUUUUGUUACUCUUUUGGACAUCAGCAAUAACCACAACCAGCUUGACCAAAACCCAAGGCGAUUCUAUCUUGCUGGUACCCCACAAGAUGAAUUCAAUUACCAACUACAAGGCCAAAGCCAAUGGAGACGCCAAGGACAACAAGGAAGGAGCAGCAGGCAACAACAACAGCAGCAACUGCAGCAAAACACCAACAACAACGUCUUUGCCGGCUUCGAGACUCAGCUUCUCGCCGAUGCUCUCAACAUCGACGUUCAGACAGUUCAGCAGCUCCAGGGACAGAACGUCAACAGGCCACAAAUUGUUAGGGUUGAGGGACAAUUCGACUUUGUCGAGCCACCACAAUCACGAAGCGAGGAAAGACAAAUGCAAGGACAACAGGGACAGAAUGGUUUUGAGGAGGUACUCUGCCACAUGAAGAUCAAGCAAAACAUCGGCAAGCCUUCCAUGGCCGACGUCUUCAGCCCGCAGGCUGGUCGCAUCAGCACUCUCAACAGCUUCAGCAUGCCCAUUCUCAGGUUCCUUGGCCUCAGCGCCGAGAGAGGCUUCUUAUACAACAAUGCCAUCCACAGCCCCCACUGGAACUUGAAUGCUCAUGAGAUCAUCUACGUCAUCAGAGGUAGCGCUAGGGUUCAGGUUGUCAACGACAACGGCCAGACCAUCUUGGACGACCAGGUCCGCCAGGGACAGCUCUUCAUUGUACCACAAAACCACGCCGUGCUGCAAAAGGCCAUGCACGACGGGUACGAGUACAUUGCCUUCAAGACCGAUGACAAUGCCAUGAUCAACACUCUGGCCGGCAGGACCUCAGUUCUGCGGGCACUUCCCGACGUGGUCCUCGCCAACGCGUACCAGAUGGAUCGUCAGCAAGCAAGGAACCUCAAGUACAACAGGCAGGAGACUCUUGCUUUGAGCUCAUCAAGGUCCUCCCAAUCCCAGAGGUACUAG